AUGGUGGCGAGACUUCGUCUCGGCAGGUUCAACCAUGCCACAAAGGCUGCUAGCUUGCUAGUGCGACAAGCCGACCGAGGACAACACCCCCGUCGCGUCAUACUGCUAAUGUCUGCUAUGUGUUCUUCAGAAGCUAGGGCGUACCCCAGAAGCGACGCGUAUUGUCCUCGCCCGGACAAUGUGGCAAAUAUGCGAGGGCUACCGGCUAGAGGACGAAGCCGGCCAAAGAAGUUAGUCCGCCAUCGCCAGCAACAUCCAGUGCGCUUGGCAACACUUAACGUUGGGACGCUUACUGGAAGAAGUCGUGAACUGGCAGACAGUCUCAGAAAACGCCGUGUUGACAUAUGUUGCGUACAGGAGACUCGCUGGAAAGGCUCCAAGGCAAGGGAAUUAGGCGAUGGCUACAAGCUGAUCUACCACGGCACAUCAAAUCGCAACGGCGUUGGUAUCAUAUUGAACGAGUCGUUUAGAAAUAGCGUCACAGCAGUGGAUCGACUAUCGGAUCGCUUGAUGGCUGUAAAAGUAGAUACAGGAGAAGUGGAAUUGCGAGUCGUCUCUGCUUAUGCGCCACAGAUGGGCUGUAGUGAAGAAGAGAAGACGUGCUUUUGGGAAGAUCUGGAGCAGUACGUCCAAUCCCUGAAAAGCGAAGAAGUACUUUUAAUCGGAGGAGACUUCAACGGACAUAUCGGUUCCCGGAAAGACGGAUUCGAGAGUUGUCAUGGUGGAUACGGCUAUGGAGCUCGUAACGACGACGGGUUGCGAAUCCUGGAGUAUGCUGUUGCAAGUGACUUGAUCAUUGCUAACACGCAGUAUCGGAAAAGAAAAUCGCAUUUGAUCACGUACACCAGCGGCGACCAUGUCGCCGCCCAACACCAUCUGCUCGUUACGGACUUGAAAAUCUCCCGUCCAAGGAAGAGACAUCCAAGGACUGAAACACAGCGCAUCAAAUGGUGGAAUCUGAAGGAUCGAAAGGAGGUAUUUCUCGCGUCCGUGGUUCCAUCAACACUUACCCACCCUACUCGUAGUGUGGAGGAAAUGUGGUUGUCUACUUCCAGCGUUAUACGCUUGACCGCGGAAAACACUCUGGGGAAGACGACUCUAAGUAAGCCCAAAGUACAAAAAGCUACGUGGUUUUGGAACGAGGAAGUUCAGGCGGCAAUUUGUGAGAAGAAGUCCAAGUAUAAGCUCUGGUGGAGGACACGUCAGCCUGAAGAUUGGGGUGCUCACCUAGCAACGAAGAAGGAGGCUAAGAAGGCAGUCUCCAAGGCGAAGUCGGACAGCUACAAGGCUGUGUACGACAUGCUUGAUACCAGAGAAGGCGAGCGGGUAGUGUAUCGUUUAGUCAGAGCACGUCAUCGCUCAACAUUGGAUAUGGAGCACACCAAGAUCGUUAAGGGAGCUAAUGGAGCCGUUCUGCGCCGCUCUGGUCAGAUCCUGGAGAGGUGGCGAGAGUACUACAAUCACUUGUGUAACGAAGAGUUCUGUCAUCCUCCCAUCCCAACCGUUCCCAGCGUCGAGGGUCUUGUUCUACCAAUUACUGUCGUCGAAGUCAGUGCUGCCCUCGCAAAAAUGAAGUCGAACAAGGCAACCGGUCCCGAUGACAUACCUGUUGAUAUCUGGAAGCUGCUAGGAGAUCGAGGGUCCAUGUGGCUCGCAACUCUAUUUAACAAGAUCGUUGCAGAAGGACGGACUCCAGACGUUUGGCAAACUUCCGUGACCGUGCCUGUCUGGAAAGGGAAAGGAGACAUUGCAGAAUGUACCUCGUACAGGCCCAUACGACUGCUCUGCCAUACGAUGAAGGUUUUUGAGCGCGUCCUGGAAGCUCGUCUGAGGAAAAUUGUUAGCGUUUCACUCAACCAAAGCAUCUAUAGUGCUGCAGUCCUUCACAAAACCAGCGGUUUUGUGAAGGACUGCAGCACUAUAGAUGCUAUCCAUGCUGUCCGAAUCCUCCUGGAGAAACAUCGAGAGAAGAACCGCAGUGUGCAUCUUGCUUUUCUCGAUCUCGAGAAAGCUUUCGACCGUGUUUCACAUGAGCUGUUAUGGAUGUCCAUGAGGUCGCAUAGAGUACCAGAUGAAUAUGUGCGGUGGACGAAGCUACUUUAUGCGAAGCCUACCAGCGCUGUACGAUGUGCUGCUGGAACAAGCAGGCCAUUCCCUGUACAAGUAGGGAUUCAUCAGGGUUCAUCCCUCUCACCUUGUUGUUCAUACUGUGCAUGGAACAUAACGAAGGGAAUCCAGAAGCAGCAUCCGUGGACCCUACUCUUUGCCGACGAUGCCAUGCUCGCGUCGGAGUCUCGAGACGAUCUUCAGAAACAAGUGCAGUCUUGGAAGGAUCAGCUGCAGCAAUAUGGAUUGCGCCUCAACACAUCAAAAACUGAGUACAUGGAGUGCGGACCAAGGAUAGAGGAUGGUUCAAUUCGUGUUGAUGGCACCGAAUUAAACAAGGUGAACUGCUUAAAGUACCUUGGAUCCAAAGUGACUUCCACAGGCGAUCAAGAAGGUCGAGCACGCGUUAAUGCUGCAUGGAUGAAAUGGAAAAUGGCAACAGGGCUACUGUGCGACAAGAAAGUCCCUGUUCGACUGAAGUCGAAGAUCUAUAAGACGGUUGUGCGUCCUGUUGCCCUUUACGGAUGCGAGUGCUGGCCGACAACGAAAGCCUUGGAAAGAGUGCUGCACGCUAUGGAGAUGCGGAUGUUGAGGUGGACGAUAGGUAUAACGCUAAAAGAGAAAGUAUCCAACGACACUGUGCCCCACCUAUCGGUGUCGUCCCGAUAA